AUGUCUAAGUUUUUUAAGCAAGGAGACACAUAUACCAAUGGAGAAUUUAUCAUUCAUGAAUCAAAAUAAAUCGGUAAGGGAGCUUAUGGUGCCGUUUAUGAUUGCACAAAAGUUAAUGCGAAAGACAUAUUAUGUGCUAAAAUUAUAAGAUCUUAAGGCUCUGAUUCUAAUUAUAUGAGCAGAGAAACUGAUAUUAUAAAUACUUUACGCCAAGCAUACCCAAAUAAUCAAAAUCUUGUUAAAGUGUAUUAUUGCUAGUAUUAAACUUUUGAAAAUCAAGAAAUUUUAAUAAUUGUAAUGGAAAAAUGUCUUACUAAUCUAAAAGAUGAAUUGGCUAAAAAAGGAAGCUUCACUUCUGAUGAAGUUAUAAACAUAUUAAAGUAAUUGUUGAACGGAUAUAAACCCUUAUACGAAAAAGCAAUACUUCAUCGCGAUAUCAAACCUGAAAAUAUCUUAAUAUCUAAUGAUUUUUAGGGAAAACCUAUUUAUAAACUAGCCGACUUUGGAAUUGGUAAGGUUUGUAAAAAUAAUGAUAUCACAAUGACAAAAGUGGGAACUCCAGUAUACGCGGCUCCAGAACUUAAUACUUUUAUAAAUGAUGAAACUUUAGAUUAGGCAAUAUUGUAAUUAAAAAAGAUACCCAAUGGAAAAAGCCAAGUUGAUGUUUAUUCAAUUGGAAUUAUGCUUUAUCAACUUCUUUUUGGUUAGCCUCCAUUUGAAACAAAGUAUGGGGAUUCAAUAAAAGUAUUUAUAAAUAACUUAAAAAAUACUUCUUUCAAAAUAUAAGACAAAUCUAAAAACAUCAACAGCGAUCUUUAGGAGUUGAUUCAAGGAAUGAUUGUAUACAAUCCUAUGACAAGAAUUAAAUUUCAUGAAAUUUAUUCAAACAAAUUAAUUUGCAUGUAAACAUAGGAGCCAAAAAAAUUCGAUCAAUUUAGAAAAACCUUAAAUCCAGACUUAAAUGCUGGUGUUAAAUUUACUCCAAAGCAGGUUGGUCCUACAACAUUUCAAAAUUAAAGUUUGAGAAGUACAAAUCCUUCUCCGAAUGCUACAUAAUUUUAACCUAAUUUUACUAUGAAUUAAGAAGGACCCAAACCUAAUGGGGCUCCUCGAUUUGCCUCCUACAUACCGAAUAGUACUAGUUCAGAUAAUACUAAGUCAGUCGGUUUUUAAUAAUCUACUCCAAUCCUACAAUAACCAUAAAUUAAAUAAAUCCAAAUAGAUGACAUCAACGAUCCGCAAAACUAUUUAAAAACAUAAUUAUCUGAAAAUUCCUUAUUAUAUAGUAAAUACACAGAAAAUUUAUUUAGAUAAAGCCUGGAUUCAAUUCAAGUAUUCAGCCAAGAAAAAAUUUAAAAUAAUUCAAUAAAAUUGAUGGAGUGUUUUCAAUUUGAUGAAAAAGGUAAUUAUUCUUUAGCAUUUCUCAAAUUUUAUUAUUGUCUUAUUAUGAGAGCAAAUAAAUAAUAGAUGAUUAAGAAACAAUUUAUUAGUGAACAAGAAUUACAAUAAGAAAUAGCAAAUAUUUUGGCCAAAAAUCCUCAAAAAAUGUGAAAUAAUAAUAAAAUAUAAAUAAGAUUUAUUGACUAAAACCUUUAA